GCCCACGUUCAUGAAGAUUUGGGAUACGCAACACACUCAUAUCGUAUUUCAAGCACAGGAGUAUAGCAAGAUGUUCACUGGAAUUUCAUACGCUUUCGCUGCUCUCCCUGUGUUCAUUCAGCUCGCACUAGGAGCUCAUGGCGAUGGAGCAGAAGGAACAGUCAUGGGACCUGUGGCAUUUCUCUGGCCGAGUGAUCGUGUUUGGAGCGCAGCUUACGACAACGUUGGACCUUGUGGAAGUAGCUCUUCGGUCACAAAUAGAACCGAAUUUCCACUUGGAUCGAUCGGCUCGAUAGAGCUCACUAUCGCAGAUGAAUCGUACAAUUUGGCAGUACGCAUUGCUUAUGGAAACGAUCCAGCAACCCAAGAAGACUUUCAAGCCGUCAAGAACAAUGUAUCAGAGCUUGAGCCAGGCCAUCAGUGCUACUCUAUGCCCGCAGAACCAAGCACAGUCGUAGCAGGUUCCAAUGCGACCAUUCAGCUUGAAUAUUGGGCCGAUGACAGCGACAAAAACGAGUCCUUCUUCGCUUGUGCCGAUAUUGUGGGUCAUUCCGCUGAAAACAAGGACCAUACUGAUCUGCCACAGACCUUCGUCGAGGCUUCGGCAUUCAAUGAGCAGGUCAUAUGCUUCAAUGUAACAGCCUCGGAGUUUGACACUCCUAGCAGUACCGCAAGCUCUGCGCCAACAGCUACUCAGACUCCGGCCUCGACGUCCGCCACAGCUCAGCAUAGUAGCGGACUAAGCGGAGGUGCCAAGGCAGGUAUUGCUGUUGGUUGUAUUGUCGGUGGCAUUCUCCUGCUCGCUGCCAUUGUUCUGUUUACUCGCCGCCGUCGCGCACAUCGUGUGACCGAAGUUGUAACGAAGCCUGUCGAGAAGCCUAUACACUCUGCGGAUAUUGUUUCCAUCGGGUCUGAAGACACGGCGCAUUGAGGAUCGCGACUCGAACUUCUCGCUGGCGAAUGCUGGGCUGGACGGGGACAGCUUGAGUUGGAGAUGACAUCGAAUUGUGGAGACGUUUGGAUGGAAUAUCGUUUUGUGGAAGUGUUGGGAGGACUUGGCUCUUUUCUGCUUGUCUUUUGGAGGAAGUGUACUUGAGCCGCGCGAGCAAUGACGAAACAAGAUCAACAUCUAGGCUCUGUGUGCAAUCAUUGCGCGUCGCAACACAAUCA